CCAAAUACACAAUGACAAUCUGCCGGAUGGCGUCCAAGAUGCUGCUCCGUAAAACUGCAGAAGCUGUAGAGGAGCUGGAGGGAAAAGGAGGCAGAACUUGAAAACCAGGACUUGGAUCUGACUUUUAAUUGUGGUUGAGUCACUCUAACCGGCAGAGCCGUGGAGCUGAGGCUUGGAAAGUUUCCUUUUUCCAUUACUGUGUGGAUUUCUCCCCUGGUAUUGGUGGCUCCAAGCAACUAACUUCCAGUUGCUAUGUCUGGAAACGCAGUUCUCCUGUAAGGCAUGAAGGAGCAGUGAGAGGAUAAAUCUAUUUCUUUUCAACAAACUGGAGCGGAAGCAGGUCGGAUUUUCACAAGUGGUGAUACAACUUUAUUGACUUUUCUUUCUCAUUAUUAUUGAUAGUAAAUGGCUGUUGCAUGAUCCUGGAAUCAGCUGUACAACAUUAGUGCAUGCCACACAGAUGCCUGAACCCCAAUUACAGCUUCUGAGACUACAUUCUUGUCAUGUAAGAUAUAGCACAAUGUUGCACUUCUCAAAUAUGAACAGUUUAAAUAGCAUUGACAUUGUGGGAAAAGCUUUUCAAGAACUUCCUGUUGCCUCCACUCUGGAUAAUGUCACCACUGUCUAUGAGCUUUAAGCGAUUUGUGAGCGAUGGAGGAGUCAAAAGCCAUUCUGAAGUUUUUCAGGACGCUCUCAGAGGAGGACAACAAGGAUCUAAUGCAAGGAGGCACUGGGCUGAGUUUUAAUCUAAAUAAAAAUAGGGAUGUGAGUUUUGAAGAUGCCGUGGAGAACAGUACAGACCCCUCAUCAGGCACUCUAUUGCCUCAUGUAGAUCACUUGGAGAUCACUUCUAAAUCAGAGGGACACAUAAGUAGCAGAGAAGCAGGAAAUGACUCCGACGUGGUCGAAGAGGAGCGGAAUAAUGACAACCUAACAGAGCAGCGAAGCGUGGCCGUAAACGAGAACUCGCUGGAUGAUCUCACCUUGAAGGAGUCUCUGCAACCACAAUGUGAACACAUUUCAAGUGGCUGCACAAAUACCGGUUGUGAAUGUGUUGCAGCACUCAGUGUCACACAGGAUGAUGCUGAAGAAGCUCAUCAGAGAGGGGAAAAAGGCAACGUAAAUGUUCACUGCCGGGAAGAUGUUGUCACAAGUACAUCCAGUCCGGAUGUGGGUUUUGAGGAAUCUGUGAAAAGUAGAUCCUCUAAAACCAAACAUGUGCUUAUACUGGUGACUCGGACAGGACCUGCAGUUGAGGUUGAACCCUUAGUAGCAGCGUCGUUGGAGCAAGCUGGUGGCCCUUCUUCCUUUCAAAAUAUUGAUGAGGACGAGAGAACAGGUGCAGUGGAAGACAGCGAAGAAGAGGAGAAAAGAGACGCAUUUCCAGAUUUUUCCGCCCAACUUUCCGUUCUACCCAGCACUGAAGACAUCUCACCAAAUGUUAUCACAGCAUCUGCAGUCAAUAACCCUCCACCUGGAUCCACCUGCACCAGAGCCACCUUCACCCCAGGAUCCCCCACGGACAAGCAGAUCCAGAUCCCGGCGCUCUUCAGUGGCCUGAGGGUCCUGAGGAAGGGGGUAGUCGGGCCUCAGCACGACACCGUGGCCCAGAUCAAGCCUUCAUCUCAGGAAACAAGGAGGGAGAUCUCCCCUGAGAAGCAGGGGGAUGCUAAAGUUCAGGGGAGCCUCCUGGGCCAGAUCUCCCAAUUCCUGAACAGGGAAAAGAGUGUGGACGAGAAAGAGGAAAGCAAGGAAAUGGAGGGCGAGGGAGAUCAGGAUGAGAAUGAGAAGAACCAGAUUGAAGAAAGUCAAACGGGUGAGAGGAAGCAGCUUGAAACAGAGGAGGGUGCAGGUGUUUCAUCGGAGUCUACGAAACUUUCUGUGUACAGUGCAGAAGCUGCAUUUGAUGCCUUCAAAGCUUUUUUCACCCCAAAGCCUUUGAAGAAGGACCCAACUGAGAAGGUGGACCUGGAUGCACUGAGGAGUAAGAUAAGAGCAGAUAAAGAGACGCUGAGAGCGCUGUUUGAGAGAAAAUCCAACAAGACGCCAGAGAAGGGAAAGUCACCAGAUGGCAAAUCAGAGGCCUCGUCCCCAGCAGAGGGAGAGGAAAGGACUCCUGGCCGCCUACAAGCCAUCUGGCCGCCAGUCAAGGAGGAAAAAGUUGGGCUGAAAUACACAGAAGCAGAGCACCAGGCGGCUCUCCUGCAGCUGAAGAGAGAAUGCAAAGAGGAGCUGGAGACGUUACAGGACGAUCUUGGUCACAAAUUCUCCAGACUGAGGGUGGAGAACGACGACAAUGUCGCCCAUCUGGCUGAGCUGGAGGCCAAACUCUCCCAGGUUGGGACACGCCGUCGUGGAGAACUCAAAGACGUUGCCGUGUCAACGGAAGACGACUUUUUACACAAAUUCUUCCGCACAGUGGGCAUCCAGACCGACCGGGAGACAUUUGUUAAGACUCACGAGGAUGGAGAAGAUUCAGGGAGAGUCUACACCAGCACUCAGCAGCAGAAGGUGACCCCCAAAAAGCUGGACCUGGCUUCUAUCAGCCUCAGCCUGGCAGGUCAGGGGGACGACACUUCCUCCUCAACGCAUGAAGCUCCAUCCCAAACUCCAGCAUCAGAACCACCUCCUCUUCCUCCUCCUCCUCCUCCUCCUCCUCCUCCUCCACCUCCGCCAUGUUUGUCUUCACCUUUACACCACAUGCAGCUGUCAAAUGUCCCUCCACCAGCACCAACACCUCCUCCUCCUCCUCCUCCACCUCCACUUCCGCCAUGUUUGUCUUCACCUUUACACCACAUGCAGCUGUCAAAUGUCCCUCCACCAGCACCUCCUCCCCCUCCUCCUCCUCCUCCUCCUCCUCCUCCAUCCAUGCCAGGCAUUGCUCCCCCACCACCUCUUGCUCUAUUUGGGGGUCUCAUUGCUGAAACACCUCCCAGGAAACUGACAGUGGAGCCUUCUCAACCCAUGAAGCCUCUUUACUGGACCAGAAUCCAGAUCCAGGACACCAAGAACAAGACACUGUGGAAUAUAUUAGAGGAACCAAAUAUAAUAAACACAAGCGAGUUUGAGGAUCUCUUCUCCAAAACCACCACACAGACGAAGAAGAAGCCACUGUCAGAUGCGUACAAGAAGAAAGCCAAAGACAGGAAGAUCAUUAAGCUGCUGGACGGGAAGCGCUCUCAGGCCGUGGGCAUCCUCAUAUCAAGCCUCCACCUGGAGAUGAAAGACAUACAACAAGCUGUACUGGGAGUGGACCACUCUGUGGUGGACCUGGAGACUAUUGAAGCGCUGUAUGAAAAUAGAGCGCAGCCGGAGGAACUGGAGAAAAUCAAGAAACACUACGAGACGUCAGAGGAAGAGGACGUUAAACUGCUGGACAAACCCGAACAGUUCCUGUACGAGCUCUCUCAGAUCCCAGACUUUGUAGGCAGAGCUCACUGCAUCAUCUUCCAGUCGGCCUUCAUCGAUGGGAUCACGUCCAUCCAAACGAAGCUCAACACAGUCUCCUCUGUCUGCGAGGCUCUGCUGGAGAGCGAUGGUGUAACGGAUGUGAUGGGGCUGGUGUUGGCUCUGGGGAAUCACAUGAACGGAGGCAACAGGACCAGAGGUCAGGCUGACGGCUUCGCUCUGGACAUAUUGCCUAAACUGAAGGAUGUCAAAAGCAGAGACAAUCGUAUCAGCCUGGUGGACUAUGUCGUGUCGUACUACCUGCACAAUGUGGACAAGAACGCCGGCACAGACAAGAGUAUAUUCCCACUUCCUGAACCUCAGGAUGUCUUCCUGGCUGCACAGGUCAAGCUUGAUGACCUCAACAGAGACCUGAGACAGCUUGGACGAGAUCUGACAAGAUGUGAGAAAGAUGUCCAGAACGUUUGCACUGAUUCUCCUGAAGAAAACCUGCAGCCGUUCAAGGACAAAAUGGAGACGUUUGUUCUCACCGCACAAAAGGAACAUGCAGAAGCUUCGUAUCAGUUGGUGACUGUACACAAAAGUUUUCAGAACUUGGUUCUGUACUUUGGACUGAAGCCCAAGACGGGAGAGAAUGAGGUGACCACCGGUCAUCUCUUCAUGCUCUGGUUUGAGUUUUGUGCAGACUUCAAGGCCCGGUGGAAGAGGGAGAACAAGAACAUCUCUAAUGAGAGAUUAAAAGAGGCUCAGCUGUCAGUGAAGAGGAUCACAGCAGAGAAGAAGGUGGAGACCAGAAAGAUCAACCCCAACAGCCUGAAAGACAGACUGCGCCAGAAAGAAGCAAACAUGUCUUCAACAUGAGUCUUAAGAAGAUCGGGAUCAUUACAAAAUUGUGGUUUCUUUUCCCUGACAAUCUCAUUCAUCAUUCACUGACAGUUAUAUUUGAUAAUUUGCUCCUUAGAUUUUAAAUACAUGUAAUACAUGUGCAAUAUUUAGAAAUUAUUAUUAUACG